AUGCACCCGAUGAGUUCGAAGGAUAAUAACGAAGGUGAAGAUUUGGGUCAUUUGUCGCGUACUUUGCAAAGCAGUGCGUUUAUUAGUGAUUUACAACAUGGUUUGAGUCUCAGUAACGCGCUGACUCGUUUACAGACGAUGAAGGCACUAAUGGAACAGUUGGUUUCUGAAGCGAUCGAUAAUAAUGUCGAGAGUGAUGAUGAGUAUCAGGAUUGUGCUACAAUGGGUGAUGAAGAACCACUGGGUGUUACACCAGUGACUGCUCCAAGGAUGAUUCCAACGUAUAACGAUGUGGUGAUACCACAGGAUAAAUAUCCCAACGAGCCGGAACCGAGGGAUUUGGAACCACUUACGACAAUAACAUCGAAGGAGAAAAGUGAUCAUGGGUUGUUAAGACAGAGGAUAAAACAGAUCAAUGAACUGGAACUUGAACCAAGGCAAAAGGCGUUGAUGAUUCAAAAACUUAUGAUGGGUGAUUACAAUGCAAAUGAGCAAGUUGAAGAACAUGGGGAUAAUGAUGAUUACGAGAGCGCUAUUGCUUCGAUUACGCAGGAAGAUUAUGAACCUGUAUUUCAAAAACCGGGCGUCUUGGGUUGCCCUCAUUACCAAAGAGCUUGUAAAUUGCAAUGUGAUACGUGCCGUAAAUGGGUCCCUUGUAGACUGUGUCAUGAUGAGUUACAAAGCGAAAAGAUGCAUCUGUUUGAAAGGGAUAAAACGCAGUGGAUCAUGUGUAUGAGGUGUCAAAACGUCCAACGACCUUCGCGUGCGUGUGAAAAGUGUCAGGAAGAAUUUGCUGCUUAUUGUUGCGAAAUUUGUAAACUUUACGAUAACGAUGAGGCAAAGGAUAUCUACCAUUGUGAUAAAUGUGGGAUUUGUCGGCUUGGGCUGGGACUCGGAAUUGAUUUCUUUCAUUGUGAUAAAUGUCAAGCGUGUUUGUCAAUCGAGCUACAGGAUAAUCACAAGUGUAUCGAACGAGCUACGAUGUCAAAUUGUCCCAUCUGCGGUGACUACAUGUUCACAUCGGUGAAACCAGUGGUUUACAUGUCGCCCUGUGGUCACGCCAUCCAUCAGCAUUGUUUUGACGAGUACACAAGGCACUCAUACAAAUGUCCACAUUGUCAAGUGACAGUUCUGAAUAUGGACGCUCAAUUUAGGGUACUGGAUAAAGAGAUAGAAGAGCAACCAUUACCAGAACCGUACUGUCAUUGGAUGUGCAUUGUGUCUUGUAACGAUUGCAAGGGGAGAAGUAGGUGUAAUUACCAUAUCCUUGGGCUCAAGUGUGGUCAUUGUCUCAGCUAUAACACGACUCAGAUCAAGCUCAUCAAACCGGAAAACGACAAAUCACAAGGCGAUAACGUAGACCUUGCUGCGUUGGAAGAGUUUAGCCAUUCGAUGAAUCAUUCAGUAAGUGAAAAUUUACUAAGAGAUCAUUUCCAGACAGAGGACGUUUCUCCACUGAUAAACAUGGAUAACUCGAUGUUAUCGAAUUUUGACCACUACAUGAACGAUUAUUUCAAGGAUGCCCGAAGCGAUAAGAACAAGGAAAGUCAUCACGUUAACGAUUUCAUAAAUACAAAGAACUUGUUCCGCAAGGACGAUGAAGAGAUCGAAUCACAAAGCAUGAAUAGAGUAAGCUCACUCACAGAAAAGUUCAAACAACUAAUCGGUGAUAGUUUGCCCGUACAAAGAUCGUUGAGUGAUGUUUUCCAAAGAUGGAGACAGGAUUCCAACGAAGCUGAGAGCUUCAACGACAAAAACUAA